AUGCCGGCAGCAUCACCAUCUGUUCUUGACGCGCGCUCGUCGGCCUCGAGAGCGCGCCGCCGCAGCAGAUUCCAGCCGACUUGCGCCCGGCGUCGAAGCACCUGUCCGCUUGUGACGAGCCGCAACUGCGUGCCGCUGCCGCGAUUCCCAGACCAGCUACUACGACACUGCUUCCACACGUAUUUCGUCACCCAUCUGCCCUCGUCGUCGCUCCAUCCCGACUCACAUCGCACCAUAGGCCCCGGCCAUAAGCUGCCCCGCGAUGCCUCGACCCCCCAUACGCCGAGCUCUGGUCCGUCUCCCGCAGCCGUGUCCAUUCCAAACAUGCAGAGUCGGGACCUGACGGUGGUGCGCAUACCUCUGCGGAGGGCGAAACACCACUUUGGCUCCGCGACGGCUCGAGGAAGCAGACCCUACAACGAAGAUGCAGACCAGGCCGGUACCGUGGACAUACCUGCCUUCGCAAAGAGGGGUCCCUUGAGCGUGAGGCAAAAGCCAGGCGAGCCCACCCCGGCAGACAGCGUAUUGGGAGAUCCUCAAAUAUUCUACUUUGGCGUCUUUGACGGCCACGGCGGCACCCAGUGCUCUCACUUCCUACGAGACGAGCUACACGGAUACAUCGAGGAGGCGGCCCUUGAAUUCGGCCUGCAAAGUAGCCUCCGAAAAAGCAAGCCCGGCAGAGACCAGCCAAAGCCCACAGCCGGCGAAAGGCCGAUAUCAAACCAACAGGCACUCGACUCGGUUGACAUGAAAUCCGCCGAGGACGUCCAGCCCCAAAUGGACGUGCCCGAUCCGGAGAACCGCGCCUUCGUCGUCGACUCCCCGAACCACGAACCGGCCCUCCCCGACGCCAAAUCACCACCGGCCGAGUCGCAGAACAUGGACAAAGCCAUCAGCCUCGAGCGCGACCUCGUCAAGGCCUAUCGAAACGCCGUUGGCGGCUACUUUCGGCGCUUCAACCCGGAGCACUUCGACAUAUCCUCCGAGGCGGGCAAGCAGGCCUCCAUCACGGUCGAGUCCAGCCUCGCCUACGCCUUCCUCCGCGCCGACCUCGACUUUGUGUCGGCGCAAGCCCGCAAAGCCGACCCAGACGCCUCAGACCAGCCCCUCAACGACGACGAGAUCCUGGGCGCCCCCCACACGACGCCGUCAGGCCACGGCAUCGGCGGCACGACUCGCUUCAAGGGUGGCUCGACGGCCUCGGUGGCACUCAUAUCAACGCCCACGACGGCGCCGUUCUGGCACCCGGCCGCGCACUCGACCCUCGUGGCCGCGCACGUGGGCGACUCGCGCAUCCUGCUGUGCGAGACGGCCACCGGCCUCCCUCACCCCCUGACGUCGGACCACCACCCCACGACGCCCACGGAGAGCCGGCGCCUGCGCCGCUACGCGCCCGCCGGGUCCAUGGUCACGGGCGACUCCUUUGGCGAGGAGCGCAUCGCCGGGCUCGCAAACUCCCGCGCCUUCGGCGACAUCAGGUCCAAGCGUAUCGGAGUGUCUGCCGAGCCCGAGAUCACGCGCGUCGAGAUGGGCCCCGCCGAGUUCUCCUUCCUCGUCCUCAUGAGCGACGGCGUCUCGGGCACCCUGAGCGACCAGGAGAUUGUCGACAUCGUCAAGGAGGCCAGGACGCCCGACGACGGCGCCCGCAACAUCGUCGAGUACGCGACCGAGGUGUCCAAGGACGGCGACAACGCCACCUGCCAGGUCGUCCGGCUCGGCGGCUGGGAGAGACGGUCCGAGGGCGGCCUGGGCAGCAUGGGCACCAAGGAAAUCCGGGACAUCAGGAAGGCGGAGGCGCAGGAUCCGAGGAGGGGCAAGAGGUGA